GCUCCGGCAUGUAAUAAAGAACGUAAAGAACUAGCACGAAAUUCCAAAGAAAGAAUUUAACUCCAUUGCAUUAGUGAAUGAAUUUUUCUAAAUGAAGUGGUGUGCAUAAAAUAUCUGUUUUUUAUCGCUGAUAGUGACUAAUCAUUACUCAUUACCCAUGCGACUUUUAAAACCGCAAUGAGGUUACAAACGUCAUCACUACGACAGAACGUAAAUAAACCCUCAGUGAUGUUUUUCAAUUCCCAGAAAAGAGUGAAUCAAUUUCCCCACUAAGCACUAGACUCAUUACUCAUUAAAAUGUCGUUGUUUCCGGCCUACGACCUCACUGCUCCCUCCCAAUCCUCAGAGGUUGAAAUUGUCGACAGUCGAAAUGACGCAAUCUGGUUGAAGAACUCGAGCUUCCAACCGGAGAUCAUCCCCGGGUCUCGAGUAAUAUCGAUUUCCUCUGACUCCUCAGACGACGAGUUGUUCGAAAUCCCCGAGGAAAAAGCAGCACCAGUGAUUCCUCUGGAUUCAGACAUCGAGGAGCUUCACCAUUACUCCCCCCCUCCCGCAAAGAAACCCAAGAAAUCCAAGAAACACAAGUCGAGUAAGGAAGCAAAACCGAAAAUUAAAUACGAGCUAGUGGUUGAGAACGUCUACUUCGAUGACAGAGUCAGGGACAAGGGAAACUUGAGGGUAGACACGCUGUGUGCACGAGCGAGACCCCUGUACACUCGCUCCUACAAAACCCUGGGCUUCGUGUCCCUCAAAUACAAGAAAAAGCAGCUGUUGCGUCGAUAUUUCGCUCUGUCCCCCGAAGCAGCUAAAAAAUCCACCAAAAAAUUGAAAAGCGAGGCUCCACCCCCUCAGAAUGAUCCCCAGCUGUCCCCAGAGUUCCUCAGCACUCUCCAGCAAACCAAAGAGGAAGAAACGAAGCUGAAGAUCAAGGAGUUCAAUGAGCAGCUGUCGGAAGACCCUCAGAACAUCGACCUCUGGCUCCAAUACAUAAACUUCGAGGACCGAGACCAGAAUUUCGAGGUGUCCCCUCACAGCACAAAAGCAGAGACGGUGAAGUACCAGAGGAAACUGGCGAUAAUGGAGAAGGCGUUGGAGGGGAAUCCAGACUCUCCCCUUCUCCUCAAGUGCAAACUGAACUUUCUGAGUGAAUUAUCCCCAGCAGACCAGUACUCCUCCCAGCUGGAGCUCCUCAUCUCGAAGGAUCCUGGGAACCUGAUACUCUGGCAAGCCCUGAUAACCGCCACGAGGUCGUCAAUCGCCCUCUGCACAGCCCCCAAAGUCCUCGCUUUAUACUCGAACUGCUUCGCAAGCCUGCACUUGUGGUCCAGAUCCACUCCACAAUCCUACGACAGCAAUUUGCUCCAGAUGCUGUACCAGUGUCUGAUAUUCCUGAGGCAUGCAGGUCUCUGGGAGCAGAUGUGGGAGACCCUGAGGAUGCUCUUGACCCUGAACCUGGGAGUAACCAGGGAUUCGAAGAAUUUCAAGGGUUCGAUCGACGAGAAGAAGCUGAUUGGAAUGGAGGAGGUCAUUCUGACGUCUCAACUGCCUCUAAAUCAAUUGUGGCUUCGAGUGGAGCUCCUCAGGGAGAAUUGCCACUGGACGACUGUUCAGAAGGAAGAUGUGGAGCUAAUUGGUGACUCCCACAGGUUUAUCUCCCCCGAAGACGUCACUGAAUUCGUCCAUCCGUUAUUGUCAACAGGGUCUAAUUUUAGACUGGGUAUUUACGCACUUCUGGCACUUAAGGUUCCCCUUCUACCCACGAGACACGUGAUUCUCGAGGAGCUGGGGAUGGACGAGUGCAACUGGAGCAUUGACUCUGCUGAGAGCCUCUUGCCAAUGCUGUUUCCUUGUGUGGGUGAGGUCGCUGGACAUCGGGAGAGGAUUUGUUUGCUGAAGGGAUUGAUUGAGGGGGGAAUUACGAGUGGACCUCAGUACUUGAAGUAUCACCCUGCCCAAGAGGGCUUUGUGGAUUUCAUUCGAGAUGCAUUCAGAAUUAUCGCUGAGAGAUUGAAUCUCGAGGAGAAGAAUCAGAUAUACGUCUGGUGGAUGAGGCUGGAGAGGAGUUUGGUGGGGGUCCAGAAGGCCGAGGGGAUACGAAAUGAGAAAAGUAUUAAAAAGCUGAAGGGGAUUCUCAAAGAGUUCUUGAAGAGGGAGGAGAAUAGAAAUAACUUGGAUUUUUAUAGGGAAUAUGCUGUCAUUGAGAGGGAGAUGGGGAGGUGGGAGAAUUGUAUGAGUAUUCUGGAGACUGCUAUUGAGAGCAGGGGGAAUGUGAUAUUAGAUAUUAAAAAUGUGGCCGAGCAGAGAUCUGUAUUGAGUCUUUAUAGAACUCUUGUUGAGUGUCUGCUGGAUACGAGGACUUGGGACGUGAAUAAUAAGAUUAGGAUCAUGAAGAUUUUCGCGCGGAUGUCUUCUGGGGCGUCUGAAGGAGAACAAAUACGCGGGACUGAGGAGUAUUUGAAGGAUUCUUGCGAGGAAUUUAUCAACGCUCCAGGUGGCCUUGAUGCCGGAUUAGGCAAAUAUUUUCAACCUAAUUUCUAUUGUGAUGCAGUCAUGUGUUAUGUUUACUUGUUGUACGUUGGUGGGAGGGAUUUCGAAGAAAUUCACACGCUCUUUGAGAGGUGUAUCGAGAGGUCAAGGGAAAAUCGAUAUCUGGAGGAGGUUUUCUGCGAGGGGGAAUUAAUAUUCAAGCAGAUGGCCGGGGAGCACAGGGGGAGGAGACUUGAUGAUUUGAAGGGGAGCUUGGAUAGUGCUUUGAAGAAAUUUCCUGAUAAUUUCUAUAUGCUGUCGAUGUCUUCCGCUGUUGAGAGUGAACUUCCAAACUGGUGCGUUCGAACGUCGAUCUCAACGAAACGCCUCUGGCCUGCCAUCUCCAUGUGUCUAUCAGGCAGAGCACGUCUCAACUCCAAAGUCUGUCAAAAAGAUGCCAUAGCCAGAACUGCAGCACUCAACAAAUUGCUCCACUUCCACAAAAGACUCUCAAAAAUACCUGAAAUUCGAUGCUGCCCUUUGAUAUGGAGACUGUACAUGCUGUUACUGCGAGAACAAAAUCUCUGUGAGAAGAAGGGGGAGGAGGUUUAUCACGAGAGUGUGGCAUCAUGCCCCUGGGCUAGAUGCAUUUACAUUGACGCUGCUGAGAUAGCACCUCAACUUCUCACACAAAUUCAGGAUGUUAUCAAAGAGAAAGAUUUACGAAUGCAUGUCACACCUGAAGAGCUCGAUAUUCUCAGGGGAUGAAGUAUAUUCAAGCUUUACAAUUUUCAUGAAGAAGUGGAACUGUUUCCAAUGAGUGUAUUUUCUUGUUGUAAUGAAUUCUGUAAAAAAUCGAGAAGAAUUGAUAAAUAUUUGUUAUUGAA